UUUGUUUGGUGCUAUCGAAUGCGAGACUCGCUUUUGAAAAUAACUUUUAUGAAUUAUAAUUAUCAAAUGGAGUUAGAAAAUACAAGUGAACACCACGCGAGUGAGACCGACGUUAAUGCGGAAGAUUCUCUUACAAAUAUAGUGAAUGCAAUCACUCAGCUGAGAAGUGAUAUAAAAGUUGAUUUCCCGGAAGAAACAGAAUUGUCUUCUGAUUCCGACGACGAAGAGGAGGGUACUUUUUGGUCUUUGAAAAGUGGUUGUUUUGAGAACAGACCAUUGAAAAAAAAAUUUAUAUUCUUAGAAAAGUAUUCAUUGGUCGAAGAAGUAAUAUAUGAAGAAAACGAAGAAGUGGAAAAGUUGGUUGAAGAAAACAAUAAAGACAAAGAGAUGACAGGAAGAAAUAAAGAGUUGAUAAAAUUAAUUCGAUUGGAUAAGAGAAGGGACAAUGAUCAUAGAUUUCUAUGCAAAAGUGAAUCGGAUGACGAUGAUAAAGAAACGACCAAAUGUUUCGAUGUUUCUGUGGAAGUUUUCCGCAGAUUUCCAUCUAUCAUCCGCUCUUGUUUAAAAAGAAAAAAGUAAAACGACGGAAUGUAGAUCAUCGUCUUUAUUUUAAUCGUUACAUUCCGUUUAGCUAAA